UCUGAGUAAAUCUGUGAAAAUCCAACUUGAAAGAAAACGAGUUUGCCUUCGUGUUUGACUUCCCAACGGCUCCGGUGAAUAAAAUAAAGCGAAACGUCAUACUGUAAAUGGAGAGGAGAUACAAUGCAUUCAGGCUGAAAGUGGUUCGGCGACCUUGUAUCUUUGCAACAAAUGGGACUUUGAUUUGUGAUGCAUUGUCACACCCGGUGCUUCUGUUUACAUUUUACUGAAUUCGAGUCUCCUUGAAGCCUGUGCCGUGCCCGCGCGUUGAGUGCCGCAGAUGCUUAUUGGAAGCGCUGAAGUAGGAUGCAAAUUCCAUUUCGUGCGACAGAGGCUUCACAGUUUCGGUAUGAGGAGAGCUGACCUUAUCUUCAAGUAAAGAAAUCGACCCACGCCGUUAAUAAAGAGACUCCUACGCGCCGCCACUUCGAAUUGCGUCGUCGGACACAAAACACUACGAUGAGAACGAAACUAGACGAAAUCCUAACACUUCCGACUUGUUAUUCAAUGCUGUGCAUGUCUGUUCACAAGUAAAAGUUACUUUUUAUUAAAACUGUGUAGUUUUAUCAAACUUAGUGGGUGCUGCGAAGUGUUACCGUGUAAUUUGCUAUUAAAUUGGUUGUUUGCACUAAGAGUCAAGGUUACUGUAUUUCAAUCAACAUUUGGAGUUCUUCAUUCUUUCUGUCUUUCUGGUACUUAACUCAAGCCCUCAGAAGUUAUCCAAAAUUAAUCAACAUGGUUGCAGUAAUAAGAACGAUUUCAAAAUCAAAUUAAAGUGAGCAUCGAAACCAAAGUUCGAGACACUUUUUAAAAACGGUCAAAAUAAAGAAAUCAUCGGCAUUCCUGUGCUACAAAGCGAGAAUGGAUGACAACGAUGUUAUAAUAUCAUCAACUGAGAUAAUUAAAGACAGACUUUACUUCGCGACCCUCAAGACCGGGUACAAACCGAAGCCUACGCGGAACAGCAAGUAUUUCCACAUCGAGGAUGACAUCGUCUACGAGAACUUCUACUUCGACUUUGGACCUUAUCACCUGUGCCAUUUGUACCAAUUCUGCAAGAAGCUCAACGAGGAGUUGGAGAAAAACCCGAAGAAGAAAAUCGUUUACUACACGAGCAACAAUGAAACCCUCAGGCUCAAUGCGGCGUAUCUUAUCGGCUGCUAUCAGAUAAUCUACCUGGACGGCAGUCCGGCAGCGGUGUACAAGAACCUGACCGAUGGCUCGGACUGGUCCCUUCUAAGUUUCCGUGACGCGUCGGGCGGGCCGCCGCUGUUUGACAUAUCUUUACUAGACGUCCUGCAUGGCAUGAAGGUAGCCCACGACGCGCGCUUCUUCGACUUCGAGCACUUCGACGCUGAUCAGUACCUGUUCUAUGAGAAAGUGGAAAACGGCGACCUCAACUGGAUAGUCCCCGGCAAGAUGCUGGCUUUCUCCGGGCCGCACCACCGGUCCCGGGUCGACCGGGGCUACCACCUGCACAGCCCGGAACACUACCAUGAAUACUUCAGGACGCACCACGUCACCACCAUAGUGCGGCUCAAUAAGAAGUCAUAUGACGCGCGUCAGUUCACCGCGCAUGGUUUCGAGCAUCGGGAGUUGUUCUUCGUGGAUGGAUCUGUGCCGUCGGAUCUGAUUGUGAAUCGGUUUAUACGGAUCUCUGAGGCUGCUAAGGGCGCAGUGGCGGUUCAUUGUAAAGCGGGUCUCGGCAGAACAGGCACCCUGAUCGCGUGCUACAUGAUGAAGCACCACGGCUUCACGGCGCGCGAGGCCAUCGCCUGGCUGCGCGUCUGCCGCCCCGGCUCCGUCAUCGGCCACCAGCAGUGGUUCCUGGAGAACAUCCAGCCGCGAAUGCUUGCCGAGGGUGAGGCGUACCGACGGCGGCACAACAUCACCUCGCUGCCGGUAUUCACCAGAGGCAUCUACUGCGACUUACCACCUGUUCGACCGCCGCCCGACCGGCCUGUGACUCUCCAGGCUAUUCUCAACAAGCCCGUCACCUUGCAAGCCGUCCUCAAUGAGACUGACAAGGUGAGCGUGUGACGUCACUUGGACAACGCCAAUGUCUUAAACGCCAACGAGACGGACUACGAAAACAACGUCACAUCAGUCAUCGGCAAGUACAAGACCACGCCCACUCCAAUGCUGCCAACCAAGACCGUGUUCGCGCCCAAGCCUGGCUACAUGACGCCAACUAAUAACGUCCGCAACGCGCAUUCUACCAACCUCAAGCCCCAGCCGCGGAUCAACUCCACGCUGAAAGCCUAUGCUGCCAAGACUUCCACCUUCCCCCCCACAAGAAGUGCCAACUCGCAAGCCAACAAACUCUCCGCGGUCAAACCCUUCACAGGUAAGAGCAGUUUCCACGGGCAACGCGCGAACCUCGCCCGUCCCACUUUAGGCUACACCCACGGCGCAAGCCCCCUCAAAACCCUCACAAGAAAAACAGUCACCAAAAUCACAGCCAGCGACACCUCCGUCGUUAACUCACUCAGCAACGUCACUUCGACGCUCUCCGCUUUAACCGAAAACUGCCACCUCAACGGCAAAAACAGACUACCCUCUGAACCGAACUUAAAAGCGGUCACCCAAAACAAAACAGCCCCCAACGCGACCGCCCGCAAAAAACUCAUCGUCCGAUCCAAUUCCAACUCGCGCAAGAAGCUGCCAAAGAGUAAUCUUCCGAAAAGCAACCUCGAGGCCACUCAGGAUCUGUCUUCCAGCGACACUAACGUUACGAAUAUAUCCGCGGACUCGCUCGAAACCCCGUUCAGGUUUAGGCGGAAACGGGACAAGUCCAGUAGUCCGGAGCCGAUGGAUUGCUUGUCAAACUCGGUCAUAACCGCCGACGUGACGCCUGAUAACUUCGAGGAGACGAAUAACUCCCAGGGGAACAAACUCUACAAAAUUAAGGCUCUAAGGAAAAAGUGCCCCGCUUUUGGAGUCAGUUUACUGAAGAAAGACGGUGUGCAGACUCGCUCGAGUAGUUGUACUAGUAACUCGACCGUGAAGAAGAAAUGAUCUCUGUGAAUCGCUUCGCACGUGGUGCGGUCGAGCGAGCGGGCGCGGGUACGGGCAAUUUUGAGAAAAAGAUUUUAAGAAACGAUGCGGGUUUUCAUCGUGUUUUACAAGCAUCAGGACAAAAUGUAAUAAGGAAUUUAGUUGAUAUUCGUUUGGAUACGUUCAAAGCAGCUAACAGUUACAAAGUGUCUUAAUUAACACGAACAAUGACAACGUUAUACCAAAAUUAAAAUAAGCUGUUAACUAAAUAGUCGUGUAAUAAGUUGAUGUGCAUUUUUUUUCUUCAAUCUAUUGUCCUAUUAUUUCUGGGAAAAGGUCUGAGACCUUUAAAUCCUCUAGGUAUCAGGAUCUAUAAGCUAUUGAUCCCGCUCCUUAUUAAGUUUUGUCAUGAAUGCUGACGUAACGGAGGAUAUGCUAUAAUCCUGGCCUUAAAAGAAGUGUCAAAGCCCAUCGCCAAGCCCGCUCCGGCAUAUUUUGUGUGUAGUGUAUGUACAUAGAGAUACCGUAGUCGUAAACAUGUGCGUAGCACUACUGUCCUAUCUCCGUCGGUGGGUUCGUCCGGAAGCUUCCUAACAAAUUUUUUAACUCGAUCGACUGAAUUUUCUAUUGAACUCAUAUCAAGUAACUACUCUGCAUACAAAUUGUUCCAGCGAGUCCGCCGACAUUAGUGUUGUAUAGGUGUCGUGAAACCCCAUUAAAAGACAAGCCUAAAUGUUGUAAUCUCGACGGAUAAGCCGUUUGUGGUAGAUUUGUGCGCGCGGCCCACUCGCGGUAAGACUAAUGCUGGUUUUCUAUAUUCAAUCCUAAUCCAAAUCCGUCCGUCAAAUGUCAAAUUUCAAUAGGUUUUUGGUCAAAAUAUUU